AUGGCCGACCCGCUGACUGGAUACAUCCACUCCGCUGCCUUUGAUAUAGGCAAGCUGCCAGUUAGCGAGAUCCACACUCUGCAUUACGAGCAGUACGGAAAGAGAGAUGGAAAGCCAGUUAUGGACCCGUCACUAACACAUUACCCCCCAUCCCAUCAAAUGCAGCUUUUAUACGUCCAUGGAGGACCCGGAGGGAGUACCUCACACGAGAGUACCAUAUUCUUCAACCCAGCCAUAUACCGCGUAGUCCUAUUCGACCAACGCGGCGCAGGAAGGUCCACACCUACGGCCGAACUCCGCGAGAACACCAGCCAACAUCUAGUCUCCGACAUCGAGGUACUACGCGAACACCUCCAGAUUCCCAAAUGGCACCUCGUCUUCGGAGGCUCGUGGGGAUCAACGCUGUCUUUGCUCUACGCACAAGCCUACCCGGAAAUGGUAGGCUGCAUGAUUCUACGGGGCAUCUUCACAGUCCGGAAGUCGGAGCUGGAGUUCUCGCGUGGACCCAUUGGCGCAGCCAACAUUUUCCCUGAGGCUUAUGAGGCAUUCGUCAAUUACCUUCCUGAAAAGGAUCGGGCACGGCCCAAUGAGGCGUACCACGAACUGCUGCUUUCCGAUGAUUACGAGACACGAGUCGUUGCGGCGAGGGAGUGGAAUCGCUGGGAUUUAAGUAUUGGGACUUUGAGACCGGAUCCUGGGGCGUUUGCGCAACUCGAGGAUGAUGCGUGGGUGCUUGCUCAUGCGAGACUUGAGUCGCAUUAUUUUGCAAAUGGGGGGUUUCUGGAAGAAGGUCAGAUUCUACAGGAAAAGAAUUUGAGCAAGAUUAGGCAUAUUCCUGUAACUAUCAUUCAGGGUCGGCAUGAUAUUGUCUGCGCAGCGCAGACGGCUUGGGCCCUGCACAAGGGAUUGCCUGAGUCACGGUUGUUUUGGAUCCCUGAUGCGGGUCAUAGUGCUACUGAAUCUGGCACACAAGCGAAGCUGUUCGAGGUCUGUGACGAGUAUGGUGAGCUUGACUUUACAAAUUGA